AUGGAAACCAUCGAGCCAAACACUCGAAUCAUGAUGAUGCUGCUGCUACUAUGGGUGCUACUUGUUGGACCUUCAGUUUUCGGUUCGCCUUUGGAGAUGCAACUUUUGGAUAUGAUGCUGCGCGAGGCGGAGGACUAUCCCAGCAAUGGUCGCGAUCAGAGGGAUAUAUCCGUUUUGCCAGCUGCUCCGAUUGGUUGCGAUGACAGCGGCGAUUCACAGGACCCAUUUAGCCACAUUUUCGACGACUAUGAGGAGAGCAAGGAGGAGUGUAUGGACUUUUUGCCACCCUGUGAAGCAUCUUUCGAGGAAGGUCUGCCCAUUGAACACCCGUGUUUCGUCAGAUUACUCCUGCUCAGAACACCGCUGCUUAAACAGGAUCCCUGCGCCAAUUUCACCCUGGUAACAGAAGGAGCAACUACCACAGUUAAGCCCAAAACCAGGAAAUGCAAUCCCAAAAGUAAAGCAAAUAAAAGUGCCACACCAAACGAACUACUGGCACUGCCCAAUAAUGGUACACUUAAUUCAACCACAAAUACACCAUUGAGUUCAACAACAGAAACUGCAACCGAUUCUAAAAUCAUAAAAAUUAAAAAGUUAGUGCCAAGGAUCAAAACAAACACCACAACAUCAACAACCACAACAACUUUGGAAACCACAACCAUAGAAGAGAGCACCUCACCAGCGGAAACCAGCACCGCAGAAGUGGAACCGGAAACGACACCUGAACAGGAAACAAGUUCAACAACAACUAGUACCACAACCUCUACUACACAGCCACCGUUUACAGAGAACCAAUUAAAGCGAUUGAGAGCCUUAAGGAGAAAGAAUGCCAGGCCAAAGUCACCGAAAGUACCCGAUCCGCCACAGAUCAAACUCGAUAAUGCCAGCCAACCCAGCGAGGUCAUUCAGGUGAUCAUGACCACCGAAGCUGCCGAACUGAAGCUCCAACCGGAAGUCAACACCACCUCGACAACGGUCGUGCCUCCAACAACUGUUUCUACAACAACUUCCGGUCCGGAAACCACCACAUCAGACAGCUGCGAAGAAGAAGUGGAAAGCACCACGGUGCCGGAAUUCUCAGGAUGUGAAGAUGACGAAGGUUCUAAGAAGUCAGAAAAUAGUGUAACUUCCACCACGGAGGAACCAUGUGAGGACACCGACGAGCAGGACACUAAUCUGUGUCCACAGUUUAUGCCCACCCAAGGGUCUUCAAGUCCAAGACCUCCUCCCUCAUAUCGUUUUCGAAAGCCCGUGAAAAACUAUGUGGAGCCCAUUUUGUACGAGGGUAACUUUGGCAAGCCGCUUCAGCAAAUGGCUCCAGUGGGACCCCAGCAGAGGGAUUACUUUGUGUCCAAUAAACAAAUAGUUCCCAAGCCAAGACCCAAGUACAGGAAACGUAUACCGCCCUCCAUCUACAUGAACAACAUUGUGAGGGGCCUGGAUUGCAGCGAUGAAGUUGGGCAGUAUCCCCCAAGGAGCCCCAAUCAGCCGCAAAGAUUUUGGGGUGCACCACCUGUAGGCUUCCUUCAGCGGAAUGAGGGCUCAGUAAAGCAACAACCUGAGAGAAAAAUGAAAAGUUUUGCACCAGUCCCUAUUAAGAGAAAGCCUUUCUAUCCAAGAAGUUCGGAGGAAGCGAUGGAGAGACAGUAUAUGAUGGAAAGGGAUCCUGAACCGCGCCCGCAAUAUCACCAUUACCCUGAAGACGAACUAUUUCACGAGGAUGCGCCACUCACCUCGCCCACUCCCAGCUUGGAUCCCUGCCAGCAGGAGCACGAUCAUGUCCUCUUUCGCCAGAGACCACAUCACCAACACACAGAUCAUCUUGUAGACUAUCCCCAAUCACCCCAUUCCUCACAAUUUUUCACCUAAUUAACCUAAUCCAUAACUUAGCCAAGUGGCACACA